AUAUUGUAUUGAUAUUGCCAUCGGAUCUGAUUCCAUAUCAAACAUAAAAUGUGUUCAACUUGUUCCCGUUGAAUUAGAUCCAUCAUUUAUCUAUCCGGUAGAAAAUUAUAUUGUUAAAAAAGGUUAUACAUGCUAUGAUAUUUUUACAUUUGAUUCACCAGCAGCAACAAUUUUUUCUAAUGAAUGUCGUGAACAAUGUCCGGAAGAGUAUUGUCUUCUGUUUGAUAAUCAAUCCAAUAGAUCGAUUAGAAAUAUAUUUUAUCCAGAAUCAUCGGACGAUCAACUAUUUAAUCGUGAAAUUAAUAGUAGUUAA